GCCUCAGUAAAAGCGGGAUGAAUUUGACAACAUCCUGACCAAACUUCAGCGCUUUGGUUUCUACAAAGAUCCUGGAAACAUGGCUCCAUUGAAGGCAUUAACGACGGUAUUUGUCUUCGGAUUGCUUCUCGCAAGAAUACGCGCCCAGUUUGUCUGCCCGAAAGUCACCAAAUAUGGUGCAGAAUGCCCACUGGACGUUGACAAUGAAUGUGAAUCAGACCAGGCAUGUUCUGCUGGCCUCAAGUGCUGUCCUUCCAUAUUUGAUGAUGAAGCUUGUCAACUGCUCUGCUUAGAACCAGAACCUCAAACCGCUUGCCCUGUUUCUGUGGACUUCGCCUUCAUUUUGGACGGCUCAGGAAGUAUCUCCAAAAAAAACUGGGGUCGAAUUAAGGAGUUUGUCAAACGCAUAGUGGACGCGUUCGACGUUUCUCCAGACGGCACCCACUUUGCACUGCUCGAGUACAGUACAGACCCUAAAGUUUACCUCAGAUUUAACGAUUUCGCCGAUGCACAGCUCAAUGAUGUGAAUGUCAAGCGAAAGGUGGAAGAAAUCUUACAAUCGAAAGGAAAAACAUUCAUUGAUAAAGCUUUGGAGUUAGCAAAUCAGGAAAUUUUCACUACAGAAGGUGGCAUGAGACCAGAUGUCAAACAGAUUGCUCUGGUGGUCACAGACGGUACCCAGACCCCUGAGCCCAGUCCAAUAGCAUCAGAAGAAAACCUUAUUGCUGCAGCCGAGAAGUUGCAUGAGAAAGGAAUUGAUGUAAUUGCGCUCGGCAUCGGAAAGAACGUCAACCCCUUCCAGCUGCUAAACAUAGCAUCUGAUGAAGACAACUUAUACUCGGCAGAAGUCUUUGAAGAAAUCUUGACUAGUGUCGUAGGAGAACUGACCAGGCGAGAGUGUCUAGCUUGUUCUGAGCCGGUUGAUGUAGUAUUUGGAAUCCCAACUUCCCGAUCUAUUCCUGCGGACCAGUUUGAGAAUAUGAAGUAUUUCGUGAAUCAAACGAUCGAUUCAUUCGAUGUGGGUCCCUUGAAAGUACAUGUUGGUCUUAUUACGUACAGUUCCUCCGCGCAGAUAACUUUGGCCAUCAACCAACUGAAUUCAAAAGAGAACCUUGAAUCCUUUACGUCUAGUCUGAGUCAACAAGGGAAUAGUGCCAACGUGGUCUCUGCACUGGAUGAAGCCUACGGCAGUGCCUUCACCAUGUAUGGCGGUGUAAGACAGUCCAAACCUAAGGUGUUUGUACUUAUUGUCCCAGAGGGUUCAGUUGGUGGUCAACAGGAGGUACUACAAGGCGCAGCGAGGCUUAAGAGCCUUGGAGUAAGGUUGCUUACUGUUGGAGUCGGGCAAAACAUUGACCAAAACCUUUAUGCGCUUGCGUCAACUCAGCCCUCUUCAAAGUUCUUCUAUGGCGUUUCAGAUCACAAGGAACUGAUCGGGAAAAGCAGGGCUGUUGCUGAUGUGCUUUGCAAAGGCAAAGUUGGCAAAUGUCCUCUACCCCCUCUACUGCCUUCACUGGGCUGUCCAAGAACUCUCAAGGAAGAAUGUGAAGUCGAUGCAGAUUGUAACUCGGGUGGGGGGUCCCCACUGUGUUGCCCGAACAGCUGUGGUGGACGGCAAUGUCUGGGGCAAAUCAGAAAUUGCUUUGUUCCAAUGGAUGUUGCCAUUGCGGUGGACAAUUCCGACGCCACAACCAGCAGCGAAUUCAACAACGUGAAACGAUUUCUGAAGCAAUUCAUCAACCAACUUGCAAGUUCGGAGGUUCGGUUUUCCUUACUUGAAUAUGGCAACACUGCAAAUGUAAUUACAGAUUUUCGCAGAUUUUGGGACCAAAUUUAUCUGGAAAACCUCAUAAAUAAUAUAGCUAAACGCAAUGACUCUGAACGCAGAGUGGACGCUGCUCUGAACACGACCAAAGAGGAGAUUUUCAGCUUGGCAGGAGGAAUUAGACAUGGACAUCCACGAUACCUUGUCUUCGUAAGCUCCGGUGGCCCAACUGCGGAGUUCAAAGUUCUGGAGGGUGCUGGAAAAAAACUACGUGAUUUGGGCGUGACCUUUGUUGCCAUAGGAACAAAUAGGGGCGUCCCAGGGGCUUUUAUUCAAAAGCUAGCAGGCGACAGUCGUUUCAUCUACAGAGCCGCGGAGCCGAGUCAAUUGGGUGCCAUAGUGUUAGAAGAUUUGUCGCGAAAAAUGUGUACAGAGAAGCCUGGAAAAUGUCCAGCAGUUGACGCGACCCCAGACCCACUUGCGUGCCAAGUGGAGCAGCCAGACCCGGAAGAGACCAUAGUCUGUGGCUUGUCGGCAAACGGAAGUGGAUUCUCGGAAAAUUAUGAUUGGGACUGUCCUGGGGAGACGAAGUGCUGUUUGGAUCCGCAAACCGGCUGCUUUCAAGUUUGCCUCGAGCCACAGAAUGUUUGCAGCAAACAAUUUGAUCUGACGAUAGCGAUAGAAAAUUCAGCUCGAAUUGGCGAAGAACAGUUUGAGCAAGUAAAAGACUUCAGCAAGCAGUUCAUCAAUGCUUUUGAUAUCCGCGAGGGAGGGACGCAUGUGGCGAUUGUUAGCUAUGGAACCACGCCAGUUGUUCAUACUCGGCUUGAUUCCUACAGUGGCUCUGUGCUCAAUAAACGAACAAUCACGGAUGAAAUCGACAAGAUUGCCUUGGAGAGUGGGAAUGCUGUGAUAACAAACACUGCAUUGACAGAGGUGUUCAAGACAGUUUAUGGUGACGGAAAUGGGGCACGGAAUGGAACCAAUAAGACAGUCGUUCUUAUAACUGCGGGAAAUCUGUCGGACCCCGUGGCGGCUGUCGAUGCCGCUAUCGAUAUCAGAGCCAUGCCUGCUGACUUGUUUGUGAUAGCGAUCGGUGAAGACCCGGAUUUGGACACUCUUGUUCAAAUGGUGUCGCCACCAGCUGAAAACAACGUGUUUUUGGCGACCACCUCUGGCGGCUUACGACCCAGCUUGCGGGCAAUUACGGACACAGUCUGUGAAGGAGCUGAGAAAAUGUCAACGAUCAUUGGACCACCUGGUGAUCCCGGACCCGCUGGUUCCCCUGGUCCAGAGGGACCAACCGGACCAAGAGGCGAUCCAGGGGACCCCGGAGAGCCGGGAGAAGCCGGAGAAUCAGGGCCUCCCGGACCUCCGGGACCACCGGGACCACCGGGUGGAGGAGGAGGGGGAAACAUAGGUUCGCUGAGGCCCCAGGGGGAGAAAGGACCUGCAAAUAAUGAGAAAGGUCCCGCUGUGCCGCCGGUGAUCCUUCCUAGACAACAACAACAAGCUAGACAGGGACCCCCAGGUCGUCCUGGAAUGCCUGGUCCGCGGGGACCUCGAGGUCCCCCAGGUAUCCCAGGGAAUCGAGGCCGCAUAGGAGUCAGAGGAUCUAAGGGCCAAGUUGGUUUGAUAGGACCAGUUGGUCGGCCGGGAAGACGUGGAAAAGAAGGGGCACCGGGAAAAAGAGGAAAUCCCGGCAUUCUUGGAGAGCCUGGAGAGAAAGGCCAGUCAGGUGACUCUGGAGAGGAGGGGCACUCAGGCCUCAAAGGACAUAAAGGUCGUCGCGGUCGAACUGGUCCGAGAGGAGAACGGGGAGAGGAAGGAGAGUCGGGAAUGCGAGGUCUAAAUGGCGCUCCAGGAACCAACGGGAAACCCGGAAACAAGGGGCCUCAUGGAAUUAUGGGAAAACAAGGAAGCACCGGAUCUCCUGGUUCUUCUGGAGCUAAAGGUGUGGAAGGCGAGGAAGGUGACCAGGGCGCCGCUGGUAAGCCAGGCUCUCCGGGUAUUCCAGGAGUUGUGGGACAGAAAGGAGAAAGCGGGACGCCUGGUUUGGUCGGAUAUACGGGCUACCAAGGCGACAGCGGUGAUACAGGACCUAUGGGGCUGAAGGGGACGGCGGGAAGUGAUGGAGAGAUUGGAGAACAGGGACCAAUUGGAGGAAAAGGUUCCAUCGGCGAUAAUGGAUCUCCCGGAGAAAUGGGCGCACAAGGACUCGAAGGUCGGGGAGGUAGCACUGGUACCGAGGGACCCAUUGGAUACCAAGGAUCCACGGGAAAUCCAGGGAUUCCAGGCAAGAGAGGAGAAAUUGGUGCAAAAGGAAAACCGGGUAACAAUGGGACACGUGGAUCACGUGGAAGGUCUGGACCUCGAGGGAAAAGGGGAGCUCACGGUGACACUGGCCCCAAAGGCACCAUGGGUAUUAUCGGUUCAAGGGGACCAGCUGGAUCGCAAGGGCUCCUGGGAUCACCUGGGGAACGUGGUGUAAAGGGAGUGCCUGGAAUAAAUGGACCACCAGGUUAUUCGGGAAGACAAGGUGAAAGGGGAGACAUGGGAGAUUAUGGACCUCGUGGUGUUAAGGGAGAACAGGGGCCGCAAGGGUUGGCUGGAAGAACGGGUCGAUCUGGUUCACCCGGUUUACAUGGCGAGGAAGGAGAUUCUGGCAAACUUGGUGAAGACGGUCCUAUGGGAGCCCCUGGAAGCGCAGGUACACCGGGUCCAGUUGGAACCGAAGGCGAGAAGGGAAAACCUGGAGAUGCUGGAGAACAGGGAGAGACAGGACCCGAGGGACCGAAGGGAGCUCUAGGGCUAAGUGGAACAGUAGGCGCACCUGGAGUGGCUGGUCAGCAGGGGUCUAGUGGUCCAGUUGGUGAGGCAGGUGACACUGGAUCACCCGGGGAAGAAGGGUUACCAGGCUUCCCCGGGUCAAAAGGAGAAGACGGAAGUCUUGGGGCAAAGGGUUCUAAAGGUGACGAUGGCUUGAAUGGUGUUCCGGGAAGUCAGGGACCAAUGGGAAAAUCUGGAGUCAAAGGAACAAAUGGAAAAAUUGGUGUACCCGGGGCCUCGGGUGAACGCGGUGACCAGGGAAAAUCUGGACGAAUCGGAGUGCCUGGUCUGAUGGGUCAGUCUGGAAUUCUGGGUCCAAUAGGACGUGUAGGUUCCAGAGGUCCUUCCGGUCAUUCAGGUGACGGAGGCUCCAAGGGUGAAAUGGGUAUCAGAGGCCCCCAUGGCAAGCGAGGGAAACGAGGAUCAAAGGGACGAUCAGGUGAGGAUGGUUUUCCGGGAUCACGUGGCGACAAAGGAAGCAGAGGAGAAAAAGGAGUGACCGGUGAAGGUGGUUUGCCAGGAUUACCAGGGAGUAAUGGCAACUUGGGUCCGCGUGGGGAUAGUGGUGACCAAGGUGGUCCCGGAUUUGAAGGACCCGAGGGAAAUGCUGGACCUGUUGGUAAUCAAGGACGACUGGGGAAUCCAGGAAUAAAAGGAUCGCUAGGCGAGGAAGGACUAACGGGACCUGCAGGUGAACAAGGCACCCAGGGCGCUCCUGGUUAUCAGGGUACAAAUGGAGCAUUGGGAGACCGAGGGCCACCGGGAGACACCGGAGCGCCAGGUGGUAUGGGGUCUCCAGGGGCCACAGGACCAUCGGGAGAGUUGGGAGGUGCUGGAAUACCAGGGCUGAAUGGUAAACCAGGACAAGCGGGGUCAUUUGGUAACCAAGGGAUGCCAGGAAGAGGCGGAGAAGAUGGAAUCCCGGGUCUUCCCGGACGUGAUGGUAUACCAGGAAGUACAGGAGACGGCGGUCCUCAGGUGAAGCUACGGUGCUAUAGAAUCAAUGUCAGCGUCUGA